CGAUCUACACGUACACAUCGGCUCAAUGACGAUCGUUGUGUAUGUUGGCAGUGGACGGGCGGUGGUUGAAGAUUCUUCCUGAGAUUUCUACACUUUGUGUUAUUCGUUCAAAAUAUCACUCGGAUGAAGAUCCUGUCUUCUAAUCUUUGUAAUUCGGAAGCUGCAAAGUGCGAAAACAUCUAGAUAUUUUACAGAAUGAUUGUUUGUUUGUGAAAUGGUGGCAAGGUGCUAUGAGGUUACAUUGCAUUUGUACCAUAGGAUGGAACCAGGAAGGAUGUGUCCCGUUGCAUCGCUGUGUCUACUUCAGUUUUAACGUCGUACAUAUAUGAUAACAGCUGUUUGGGAGUCUCGUUAUCAUUCUCGCGCAUGAAGUUGUUGCGGUCGGUACUGAUGUUAUGAUUUGAGGCUGACUGGGUGAGUGGAUCAUGUGGUUUCAGUGAAUCGGUUAGCCACAAUUAAAGUGAGCAUGUAGCAAGACGAUUUACAUGGAAAUGGACGUGGUGCGAGUGUCUGGUGAGGACUCUGUAUCAGGUUGUGAAAGUAGAGGCAAGUCUGAUCGCAUGUUUCCAGAGACAAGCUCUUGCACUUGUACCUAUGACUUUGCUAUCCUGCAUGGAGAAAAAGACAAAGGCUUAGCUGAGAGGUUCUUUGCAGUUUUAGAAGGAACAUACAAGCUAAAAGGGUAUCUCAGCAAGCGAGACUGUGUGGUGGGUGUUAUCAAACAACGGCAACUUGUGAGAGCAUGGCAGGCUUCUAGCUUUAUCAUUGAACUCAUCUCGCCGUCUUCAUUCAAGAAUAAGGUCUUUCAGAAGUACAGGAGCAUUGCACAUGAGGUGGAGAGUAAGCGGACCAAACCAAAUCAUCCAGAGGUGCUUCCGAUCUAUGUGGAUAUUCCUUUGAAGGAGCAACGUGGCGUGAGUACCAGGGUCGGUCGAUCUUACUCGGACACCGACCUCUUCUGGGACGAGUUAGCAGCUCACAUUCUGAACAACCACUCUUGUGUUGAAGUUACCAAAGAAGCUUCUGUUGAAUCCAGGGUAGACUCCAAUCAAAAUGACCCAUCCUCCAAUGCUCAUCUUGACUUGACAAAUAAUAACAAUGACCCAGCUGAGAAGCCUCUUCCUGUCAAAUGCAGGAAAAAGCACAAGAUAUUCAGAGGAUUAUUCAAGAACAACAAAAAGAAAAAGUUCAAGAGAAAGUUAAAGACCUCAAGUGACUAUAAAAAGAAGGCCAAGGGUGGUAAACGCAAAUCAAGAAAGAACUUGAAAUCUCUUCGUAAGUUACUUGUAUGCGUGCCUGCUGGCUCAAAGGAGUGUUCAUGCUCGAGUCCACCAACAAGUAUCCAGCCUGUUUCGACAUUUCACUCGCCCAAUACUGCCAAGGUGGAGGAAGUUGAACUAAAUUUUGCAGAAACUGCUUCUAGAAUGGACACAACCUCAGAGCACGAGAGAUAGCUCCAUCCAUUACACUGCUUAAUUAAAGGCAAUGUCAUCAGAAGAUUUGUAGCCAAGUUUUAUUCACCAAUGAAUGAGCUGAUCAGUACCAAUUAAGUGCAUGGACAAUAAACAGUGUGACAAUUACUUGUGCAGCAGGAAAGAGUAUUGCAACUUGGUGUGUAACAACAACAACUGAUAUUUCAGCAACAAGCACAUGCAUUGUUCUCUAUAGCCGAAAGUGGAAGUUGGCCGUUGAAAGAGGAACAUUGCACUUGACUGACUAUGGUCUGAGCCAGCAACCUCCGUUCAUGAACAGUUUUCCUUUCUUUUGGGAGGGAAAUAGAAAGCAGAAAGUUGAUGGAAAUUUUAUCUGUUGGGAGUCAUACAUGUAUUUGACUUGGUUUCCUCUUUAUCUUAUUGCCAUCAAGUGUUUUUCCAUAUUGUUUGGGAUUGGAUAGCAGAUAUUUAUUAAAGACAUUGCAAGUGAUUUUAGUACUUCCUGGUAAAAAGUAUGAUUCAUUUCUACUGGGAACAUAGGUAGUGUAGCCUGUAUCUGCAUAAGCCUGUAUAAUGGAGUUGACUUACAAAGUUGAAGCUGGAGAGCAUAUCAAGUUUGUUUGUCCAAAAUGAGUAUGCCUAUGAAGGAAGACCUUACUGUGGUGAGCGUUGCUGAUACACAGUCUUCUACUGAUUCUGCUCCGUACAAUGUUACCUCUGUCAGUGAUGCAAAUGAAAAUGUGGUUGGAUCAAAGGACAAACAUGAGACCAUUGAGGAGCCAGAAAAGGCAUUUGAUUUCCUUGUGUGGAACCAUGAAUCUAAUAAAGAGGAAGCAGACAGAAUCUAUGAACAGAUGGAGAAACUCGGUCUACGAGGGUACAUCUACGAAAGAGACAAGAUUAUAGGGCAGUAUAAACUAACAGCCAUCGAACAAGCCAUCCGGAAUACCGCAAAUAUUAUACUUAUGAUUUCAACAG